GUCAAAGUAAAUGCAUGGUUCACUUAACUGUAUUAUUAUAUCGAGAAGCAUGAUGAUUAUAUUCUCUGUUUUAGACAAAUUACAUGUCUAGCUUAUAGGAACAGCGUCAGUUAUCAAUUUUAUCAUAUCCCCGAUUUAACAAUGUCGGGGAAGAAAUGCAAGCACUGUGGCUCUUCUGAGAUAGAAGUAGAUCCCGCUCGAGGUGAUGCAGUGUGUACAAACUGCGGAACUGUGUUAGAAGACAACAUUAUUGUGGCCGAAGUAGAGUUCCAAGAAAACGCUCAUGGGGGGGCUUCAGCUAUUGGCCAGUUUGUAUCUGCCGAGUCUAAAGGAGGUGCUACUGGUUUUGGAGGAGCAUUCAAUGCGGGCAUUGGUCAAGAAUCCAGAGAAGUAACCUUACGGAAAGCCAGAGAUGGCAUCACAGCACUCUGUCAGCAACUACGACUUAACCAGCAAUGCAUAGACAUAGCUUGCAACUUUUUCAAGAUGGCACUGUCCCGGCAUCUGACUAUUGGCCGGCCGGCGAGCCACACGCAGGCGGCUUGCGUGUAUAUGACGUGUAGAACUGAGGGCACGGCGCACCUGCUAAUCGACAUCAGCGACGCGCUUCAAAUCUGCUGCUACCAGCUCGGCCGCACGUACUUCAGGCUCUCUCGGGCUCUGUGCAUCAACAUUCCACCUACUGACCCAUGCCUCUACAUUCUGCGGUUCUCAUCACAGCUGCAGUUUGAAGACAAGUCGCACGAAGUGAGCAUGACGGCUCUACGGCUGGUUCAGAGGAUGAAACGCGAUUCGAUACAUUCAGGAAGGCGGCCGUCCGGCAUCUGUGGCGCUGCCCUUCUAAUCGCCGCUCGCCUGCACAACUUCUCACGUACACCGGCCGACGUGGUCCGGAUAGUGAAAGUUCAUGAAUCCACACUGCGCAAGAGACUGCUGGAGUUCGGUGACACUCCGUCGAGCGCGCUGACGCUUGAGGAGUUCAUGACAGUGGAUCUUGAGGAGGAGCAGGACCCGCCGGCGUUCAGAGCGGCCAGGAAGAAAGAUAGAGAACGGUUGCAAAAGUUAAUGGAAGAAGAGGACGGCGAGAAGGAAAUGACUGACCUGCAGAAAGAGAUAGACGCACAGCUAGAAAAGGACAACUCUAGAAGAAAGAAGGCAGCCGCCUCGGCAGCGAUGCCGUCAACUCCUCUGUCAAUAUUGAGCGAUGAUGGCACAUCAGAAGACGCGGAGGCGUCCCGGUUCGCCGCGGAAGACACGUUAAAUCUCCUCGGCGAGAUCGCCAGCGAGGUGCAGCCCAAAACAGAGGCAUCACAGAAACAGGAGAAACUAAAACUGGAGAAAGGACUAGGUCCAGACUUAGCAGUAAUAGGUCUAGGUAAUAGGCCCGACCAGCCCGAGGAGAAAGACAAGUUCCUAAAACCGGAGCCGAAGCCCCAGUUCGGCGCGGACCUGGUCGCCGAUGAACUUGUACUAGCUCCCAGUGACGAAGAUUAUGUAAGCUCGCUUAUUAUGAGCGAGGAGGAGGCGAGACAUAAGACGCAGCUCUGGAAUAAGAUCAAUGCGGGGUACUUGAGGGAUCAGAAAAUCAAAGAAGAGAUGCGAGCCAGAGAAAAGGAGGAAGGCAAAGACAAAAAGAAGAAAGUCCGCGGCUCAUACAAGAAGAAGACUCCUUGCAACGCUGCUACGGCCGGCGAGGCCAUUGAGAAAAUGUUGGCUGAAAAGAAAAUCAGUAUGAAGAUCAACUACAAUAUAUUGAAGACGCUGGACCAUCCGGGGGCUCCGAUGUCUCCUGUUAGAGAGGCUGCUACCCCUGUUCUUGAAUCAAAACCCCCCACUCCCGCCCCAGUACCAGCAUCACCCGUGCCCAAGAAACGCAAGAAGAAAGCUCCCCCCGCCCCCGCCACGCUCAACAUCGCCAGCCCCUUGCCGACUACGCCCGCACCGGCUACGCCUGCAACGCCUACGCCUGCACCGCCUACGCCUGCACCGGCUACGCCUGCACCCGCUACGCCAGCUCUUACUGAUGCAGGCGACGAUUACGACGAAGACGUAGAAGUGGAGCCUACCGCCGCCGCAGAAGAGCUCUCUUUAGGCGCCCUACUCCAAAAUGGUCAGGACGACGACUAUUAUGAUUACGAGGAAUACUAAAUACAUACAGGGUUGCAAGAAUAUAAGUGCAUUUAUGUUUUGGGAUUAUACUGAGCAACUUAUACUAUGGGACCAACCACGAAAUCGCGAUAAAAAAAAUACCCUCCCAUAGAAAAUGGACCAGCCAAAAUGUAUGAAACAGCCAAAUUUUUUUUCGCGAUUUCGGGUUUGGUCCCAUAGUAAAAGUUGCUCAGUAUAAUCCCAAAACCUCCCUGGCAACGGGAAUGCACUUAUUUUUUUGCCACCUGCAGCAGGGCUCGGAACGGGUUUUUCUGAAAAACCCCGAAAUAGCCCAAUAUUUGUAAUUAUUAGCUAUUUACGUAGGACUGAAACAUGUAUUUAGGUAACAACUUCGUAUUAGAUUGUAACAUUAAAAAUGAUAUAAUAAACUAAAUGAACGAAAAAUAACGUAACAAUACCGGAUUUUUUUGUAUGAAGUUACCCGGUUCCGAGCCUUGCUUCUCUGGGAUAGUGCAGCUCAAAAGAACCUACACUAACAUUCAAAUUUAUGCUGUCAAUAAAUUGUCACCCGCUCUUGCUUGCGGCUAGAAUGUUUUGCACUUCAUUACGCCUCUAUAAAUAUUCCUUUGUAUAUUAUGUAGAAGGUAUGUAUACUUUAGUAGUACGCAAAGUAUUCAUUGAGGUGAAUGAACCAACACGUAUUAAAUGGCGAUAAAAACAUAACUACUUAUGCUAUGAUAUUCUGAUACAUUAGGAAUAACGUACCUAAUGAUGUAGUUUAAGAUGUUAAUUAGUUGUAGUUUAACUGAUUGUAUUCGGCAUAUAAUACAUUGCUUACCCAAGUUAGUACAGAAUUUGCUUAGACGGUUACCUUUGAGCAACACCGGCUUCCGACACGUCGGAAGGGAGGAGCCCAAGAGAUAUCUUCCCGUAGAAGGCGUAGAAAUCGUUCUAUCUCGGGCCAUACCUUCGAGCAACACCGGCUUUCGACACGUCGGAAGGGAGGAGCCCAAGCGAUAUCACCGUACAAAUCGUUCUGCCAUUUUUGCGGGGGGAAUCGUGCACACAGUCGCACUUCUCACUCACUACAUACAAAAUCCAAUCUGUAAUGACACAAAUAUGUUAUGUACAUAGAAAAUGACACACAUCAAAGACAAAUCUUGCACACCUCGAUCUCUUUUUGUGUACGGAUGAGUCACAACACAACGAGCACCACGGUAGUUGUGUGCAUGCCCGGUCGGGCAUGUGCUUCGGCAGAGGGGUAAAUAGUGCGAAUGCCGACUCCCUUCCCGGCAGGGGCGUAGCUAGAGGAUAUGGCGCCCGGGGCAGUCACCAAAUUUGCGCUCACUGACGACUGACAAAAGUUUCCCCGCUGCUGCCUUUUGCCCAUUUUGGCGCCCCCCCUUGGACGGCGCCCGGGGCACUUGCCCCCUCUGCCCCCCCCCCCCCCCCCUACCCUAAUUAAGCCACUGCUCCCGGUGUUGCUCGAAGGGCCAUACAUAGUUACCUAUUACGAAAUAUGGAUGUUAAAUAAUUGUAAAAAGACGCAACUUGUGUAUUUUUCUUUUCAGUAGCCUCUUUUGCUGCUGACUGAUAAGUGAUAACAUGUUGUAAGGUUUAUGUGGACAAAACCGUCUUUAAGUGAAGCUACAAGCUCUUUUGUCGCUUUUAACUUGCGUUUGUACAAAAUGUAGGUACACAACUACACAAACUCCACAUACAGAAGGUUGGUAGAGCGGAAGGAGUAAAGCUCUUCCUCUAAAACUAUGUCGGAGCACAGAAUAAAUAAUAGUACUACCGUACAGAAAGGACACUUCCUACAAUACCGAAGUUUGCCACCGAUUUAGGGUCGAAUCAUGCUGUCCCUUUCUAAUGUAUGGCACUAUCCCUUUCGGCGAUUAGGGUUGUCCAAAUUCAAGCCAUUAUCCUCUCUGUGGUUGUACACGCAAAGGGACGUCAAGUUGUGCCAACCCUAAUAAUUGCUCGGAGCCUCGACUCCUCGGAGCAAUGCUGAGCCGAACGGAGCCGAGUUUACCCGAAAGGAGGAGUGUCCCCCCACUGGUCUAAGCGACGUACGUAUUCAAAUACGAAAGUGACGGUCUAACCUCUGACCUAUGACGUUCUAACGGUCUUCCCAGCGAUAAAUUUUAUAUAACGGUCUUCUCCACAUUGUUUUUUUAUAUGGUUAUGUUUUUAACUUUUUAGAUCAUAUUAGGAAUUGAUUAUAGUAGAAGCUAAUAUCGGGUAAACUUUUCGUAAUAAUUAGGUUGGGAUGGUGGAGUGAAAAAGGUCUGAUAUUAGCUAUAUUAUAUGAAGGACUGAUUUUAUUAUUUAUAGUUUGUAAAAUGUUAACUAUGUUAGAACUUAGAAAGCUUUAGAAAUAAAACAAUAACGGCGAAUUAAGUGUUGUCUGUAGUCGGCUUCAUUCUGAAAUGAUGUGAUCAUAUUUCGCCUACUUGUGAGCCUCCAACCCCCCUUGGUGAUUUUAAUCCGUGAUUGUGAUAUUUCUCUGACUCACUCCGCCAUAAAGUAAAUUGAUUUCUGGGUGAACCUUGCUACCCGUGGUGGGAUCCUGUUGAUAGGUAUAAUAUCGCACUUAGAGAUGUACAUUUUACUUGUGUUUUAGCCACAGAUUUAAUAUAUACAAAAAUAAAAAAAAGCCAUACCAUUACCAGCCAUAGAUGAAAUAUAGGAUAAAACAAUCGGUUUCACUUACAAUAUACGCUAGAUGACGCAAAUACCACGAUAUGUAUUGAAACCAAGCGUGCCGACUUUUUCAUACAAAAUUUACGCAUAAUAUAAUUUUAAAAUUACUUAUCUGUGAUAGGAAAUAUGUUCUUGCCUUUGGGUGCUCGCAAUUUUUGGGCUGUUGCAGUUAAUUUGAUAAUUCAACAAAGCAUUUUUUAAGUUUUCACGGACGUCCGGCUGCAACAACUGACGCGCGUGGACUGUAAAGAGCGUGACCGUCGCUGCUCAACGUUUGGUCGGGGUUCGGACACGCGAAGUAGAUGCAUUUGCGUCUUCUAUGGUAUAUUUAUUUCUGUGGUUUUAGCUAAACUGUGUGUUUACUUUUGUUUUUUAAAUUGCACUAGAUGUAAAAAAAAAUAUUUUUAAUGCAGUCUUUCGUUGUAGUAUUGCCUUUUAAAUAUAAGGAGUGUUUUUUUAUCAAUUUAGGUCAAUUUUAGCUUUUCAUAUGCGUACUUAUUCUAUCUUUAUCUUAGGUAUUGAUAAUUUGGUCUAACCUUUAGUUAGACCUCCCCAGUUUCGUAGAGAUCGUCCAAAUUUGUUGAGACUUAUUGAGGCCGUUUGGCUCUCUAAUACUAUCCAAAUCACUUGAUGAUUCCGAGUUAUAGACAUAUCUUUUUCUAUUUUUUAAUUUAUAUAGCGGUGUUUCUAAUAAAACAAUUUAAUAAAAGUAAUUUGAUUUGUCCAAAUCUCAGUAUUUUUUGAAAAAGAUCUUCAUAAAGUGAUGCAUUAAAAAAGAAAAAAGAUGUUAAUAUUAUAUUUAUAAUUAAACUAUUUGUUUAAACUUAUUGUAUUACUUUAAUUUAACUUAAUAGGUUUUUUGCGAAUGUUUUAUGCGACGUCUCAGGAAAAGUCAUGGGUAUGUUCCAUUUUUAUCUACAUUAGGUAUAAGUAUCUAAAAAGGGGUCAUCCAUUAAUUAUGUCACACGAAUUUGACGAUUUCUUGACCCCUCCCCCCCUCCUUGUCACACCUGGUCACAUUUGGCAACCCCCUCCCCCCCUGGUGCGACGUCACAUAUUUGGCAAUUUUGUCUUCAAAGUGUAAUUAUUUUAUUUAUUAUUUUUUAAUUAAAGCAAUACAUAUUGGUAAUUUUAUGACAUGAAAUCGAUUAGGAUUUAAAAAAAACCACGAAUUAGAACGAUUUAUCAUAGUAAAACCCUAUUAUUUAACUGUACAUCGAAUAAAAAAAAAUCCAAACAAUGUUUUUAAACAAGUUUGUGAUUCCCCCUUCCCCCUUGUCACAACAUGUCGCAUUUUCUUAAUCCCCUCCCUCCCAACCCAAUAAAGGUGUGAUGUAAUUAAUGGAUGACCCCAAACAACAUUUAAAAUAACAUAUAAAAAUGAUUUGAUAUGUUAGUAGAGCCUGGUAAAGCUUAACUUAAUAAAAACUGUCAUUCAUUUGUGUAUUUAUAAUAGCAAUAAAUUUAUACCUA